GUGAUCACAUGUCAUGCAUGUGGCACAGAUCUCAUGGAUCGCUGGGCGAACCACAUCAAUGGUGCGAUGAGGCUUAUCGAGCUGCGGGGAUCGAAGCAAUUAGAAACACCGGCUGGACUGGAAUUAUUCUCUCAAAUACGAAUCCAGAUUGCCAUCAGCAACAUAUUCUACAAACGAUACAGCUCACAAAUCAUGAUUCAACUUUCAAAGGUGGCAAGAACCUACCACGACCGCAAAUCCCAAGUUACGGAUAGUUUCUACGAUAUCAUAACCCGAGUUGGAGACCUUUCAGCUAUGAUCAGUGACUCUGUUCCAAAUUCAUCCUCCAGCAACCCAGCGCUCUUCAUACAAAAAGCACUUCAUUUAGAUGCAGAUCUGGUUGCCUGGGCCAUGUCAAUUGACCCUACAUGGCACUAUACUGUUGUCAAAGCUUCUCCUGUGAGUAUCAACGACGACGGUCAAAUUUACCACAACAUAUAUGGCGAUACAUAUCAUAUGUACAGAACGCUCGGUCUUGCCUCUCUUUGGAACAAUUAUCGCCUCAUACGGAUAAUGCUACGCAAGAUCAUCGGGUCUACAUGUAAAAGCAAGCUGAAACAGGGUUAUUGCCCUGAGACCCGUUCAACGAUAGCUCAGGGUAUCAUCAUUAUUCAGCAGAUGGCAGAAGGCGUGUGUGCAAGUGUGCCGUACCAUUUCGCAUCUGACGAGAUUGCUGUCGGGGGAUUGAUGCGGCUUAUCUGGCCGUUGUUUGUUGCAUCGGACUGUAUUGAAUCCGAGCCAAAGAUGAAGAAGUGGAUUUUGCAAACUCUGGACAGAAUUGGGUACACCACGGGCAUCCAACAGGCAUUUAUGAUGUCAAAACUUGCCAGAGCAGGGGACUCAUAUUCAGUAACGCAAGAGUUAUAUAAAGAGGACAAAAUGGGGUGA